GUAAACAACCGUAAAAUGUAGUUUCUUGUGUUUUAAAUUUCGCAGUAAGUUAUGGUCGUGAGUGUUACUUUUAAGCUAGGAGGGGAAUUUUAUAUAAUUUGGAGGAAAACAUUUCAUAUGAGUUGAUACUCUACACGGAGUCAUGGAGCACUAUAUAAUCCAGUUACUGAUCAUAGCGUGCUCGCUAGUUUGUGUCACCUCAGCUAGUGGUCAUCAUUCGUCAUGUAACAACACCAUAAUCAACUGUUUCAAAACUCUUAAUGGAGGAAAAUACGCUGGAAAUGUGUUCACGAUACCGCAAUUGGUAUUGUACAAGGAGUUUACAGCCAUGCUGUGUUCCAGCUCAUUUUUGGAAUCUCAUAAUGCCAAUACUCUUGAUAUGACGUUUGAAUUAUUAGGUGGCAAGAUAAUCAUAUACCAAAAUUGCAAAUACCUAACAGAAAUAGAAUUUAACAUCGGGUAUGAAUGGUUCGAGGGUUAUUUUACUAUAGAACUUGGUGGAGUUAGCUUAACUUGCUACGCGAAUUACUUCAAACACAAAUGCAUUGGUUUCUAUUGUUGCCAUGAAAAGGGAUUAAUAGACCACUUCUACUUAUUGGUAUGCUCCAAAUCAACCAGCCUAAAAUAUAUUGAGGAAGCAGUUGGCGCUGUUGACACUAUAUUGGACACGUGUGGGGUACCGGACGUUGAUAACUUAUGUAAUAUCAUUUGUUAACUUUCUUUUGAAUAUACCAAAUAUAUUAAUCCUUAUAAAUGUAA